UUCGAUCUCUCUCUUUAAUAACAGCCGUGUCUUGUGGAAAUCGACCAUUUGGGAGAAGACCGUAGAAGACCCUGGGAGAGCUUCCAUGGCUUACGUCGAGCGAGGUGUUGUGAAGUCCAACCGAUCAAUAUGGCGACUAAGAACAAUCACUGAUUUUUUUUGGGCUAUUGUGAAUUUCAUUGGCGUGUUUUUUGCGACAAUGUUCUCGAUGGAAAAAUCAGAUGCUUACAGGAAAAGCUCGGGUUCUGGAAAGAAAUGGGAUGGUGGUGGCCCGGGAGGUCCUGGAAGGGGUCCAUAUGGUGGUGGUCCGCGUGGUCCACCCCGUGGAUUAGACAAUGUUCGAGGGAUUGACCACAGUGCUCUACCCGCCUGUGGUUCUUGCUGUGGAGGCUGAUUUCCGGACUAAUCUCAUGCCUAUUUGUCAUUAUCUUAGUGUGUGUCAUGGAAUGUGUAAUUUUCUAUAUGGAUGUGAAUAGUGCUGUUGAAAGUCAGAGAACGGGAGGAAUGGAAACAAAACAAAACUGUGAUAUUCCAUAAAAGAGAGGCGAAUGCCCUCUAUGAUAUCUCGUUUAAUGGAUAUGGAAAGUAUAAUGCCUUGGCGACAUUUAGAUUUUAA